GAAAGGCAUUCAAUAGCACAGAGAAAUAAUCAAGUUCUCGGCCGAAUCGGUCAAGCAUCAAGUGCAGUAGAUACUCACCGUACUUCUUCUGGCACGACCAGUCCAGACAUAUGGCGAACGACACUAGCAUUCCGAGUCACAGCACACCUAAAGGAUGCGAAAUCAGUUUUUCCGGUCCACGCUGGACGUUCCCUCGAGCUAUAAUGAGGUAUUUCUUCCCAGUAAAGGAGUAGGAAAACUCUUCUUUUCCACAUCUUGACGUCUUGCUAGUACUGAGACUAGUAAUAGAGUCAGCAGGCAUCACAGACCUUCGCAAACCCAACAACUUGAAGUACUUAAGUACUUGCAAACAGACUUCGUCACCUAUAUCAUAUCUGCCUCUGCCCCUGGGAUUUUGGAUGGCUGGGAAACACCAUUUCGCUGUGGCUCUGUUCGAGCGCUUCUCUGGUCCGAGUAUGACACCUAUUCGGACUGUAGAGGAACUGCAGGUUGUUUUGACACGAGCUGUCCAGUCUGGCCUUACCAAUCUUUCCGAGGACGACUUUGACAGAGUCUCCAGACUAGUCAAGACCCGCUGGCCAUUAUAUGACAUGAUUCUUAUUGCAGACUCGGACCUGCCUCGCGGAUGCGUCAGCCCUCACCCCACUACACAGUCAGGCGAGGGCGGCGCGAGGACGGUGAGAAUGAACAAAGGAUUGGAAGCGACGUCACACAUCAGCAAUAAGUGGCAGGGAGGUCCACUGUUGAGAUCGAGCCGUGUGUCACCACCUGCCGUCGGGAUGAAGGCCUUGGUGAGAGUGGAAGAAAUGGGCAUCAAGGUAACGUUCUAG